AGAAACAAGAGAAGAACAGAGUCUGAGGCAACAAAAAGUCAAGAAUCCGCUGUUUCAUUCUUCUCCUCCUCCUCCUCUUCUCUAUUUUAGUCUUAGAAUCGGACGGUUUAGAUAGAGAUAGAGAGAGAAAGGAGAGACAGAGACCACCGAUCGUUCUUCAUCAUCUUCACCUCCAACAAAUUUCCUCUUUCGUUCUUGUUUCCACUCUCUGUGCGCAUCAUCAAUUACCAUGAACGAGAAGGCCAACGUUAGCACAGAGCUCAAUGCCAAGCAGCGAAAGAUACUGGAAGGGCUUCUUAAAUUGCCAGAAAACAGGGAGUGUGCUGACUGCAAAAGCAAGGGUCCUCGAUGGGCUAGUGUGAAUCUGGGCAUCUUUGUAUGCAUGCAAUGUUCUGGAAUCCACAGAAGUCUUGGAGUGCACAUAUCAAAGGUGAGGUCUGCUACUCUGGACACAUGGCUUCCUGAGCAGGUUGCAUUUAUUCAAUCAAUGGGAAAUGAGAAGGCAAAUUGUUAUUGGGAAGCAGAGCUGCCCCCUAAUUACGACAGAGUUGGGAUUGAGAAUUUCAUUCGUGCAAAGUAUGAAGAAAAGAGAUGGGUUGCUAAAGACAGCCAGCCAAAGUCGCCUUCUAGAUCACUAGAAGAAAAGGCUUCUGUGCAGUGGCAGAGACCUGGGGAUAGGAGUGGGAAUGGAUAUGCCAGCAAUUCUGAAAAUUCAUCCGAGGAAAGGAAGAACUUUCAAGCUAGUACGAGGGAGACUGUUCCUGCUACAAGGAUUAGUAUUCCUGUACCUCCUAAAGGACCUGAAUCAGUCAUUCCACCGCCAAAGUCUCAACAAAUCAUUCAGAAAUCAGAACCAGUAGUGUCGUAUGCUGAAUCAGCAAAGCAGGCAGCAGACUCUAGUCCAGCUGUCUCUCCUCCUAAAGUUGAUUUUGCUACUGACCUUUUUGACAUGCUUUCGAUGGAUGGUCCUAGUGAAAAUGGCUCAGAGGCAGCAUCUGCUGAUGAUAAUGCAUGGGCAGGUUUCCAGUCUGCUGCAGAAGGAUCAACAGCCGAUAAAACUGUCUCUACAAAACCAGAGGAUAACAAUACCCAGUCUACUUCUGGUAUUGAAGAUCUCUUUAUAGACUCCCCUUCACUAGCACCUUCUACAGUAUUGGAGAAGCCUAAAAAAGAUGUUAAAAAUGAUAUUAUGAGCCUCUUUGAUAAGUCCAAUGUGGUAUCGCCAUUUUCUGUUCAUCAACAGCAACUUGCUAUGUUGGCACAGCAGCAGUCCCUUCUUAUGGCUGCUGCAGCUAAAUCAGCUGGUGUGGUGCCACAGUUUGUUGGCAAUGCACAACCACCAGGGCCCAAUGGAACAAACUUACCCACUCAAAACUGGCCAAAUGUUGGCUACCAGUUUCCUGGGGUGAUGAUGCCAGCUGCUGGAAAUAUUGAGCUACAGAAAUACAUGCACCAGAUAGGAAACAUGGAACAAACACGUCCUGUCGGGAGCUCUGUUCCAUUUCCAACAUCAAGCACUUGUACUGUGGGGCAAAAUUGUUCCACUAAUGGUGUGACACCUGCGGGAACAAGUAGAACACCAUCAGCAUCCCCAAUCCCAUCUGCAACUCCUACACAGUCAGCAAAAGAUUACGAUUUCUCUUCAUUAACAGAAGGGAUGUUCUCAAAAUCCUGAGAUGGCGCCAGGGAAGUGAUUCUGGGGGUUUAGUCAUAUCACGAUAAAGGAAUAUAUUUACAGGAAAACUAGCAUUUUGGAGGUUGCUUCCUAUGUGUAAACUAUAUGUAGAGGAGGCAGUUUUCAAUUUCUUUUUCUUUUUCCUUUCAUUUUUUCUUCAAUCUCUUUUUAAUUUUGGUGGUGGCUUCAUUUGUAUGUGCUAGGUGUAUGUUGAGUAAUAAAUUGGUCUAAAUUGAUUGAUAAUCAUUUUCCCUCGCUUAUCUCAUGGUCCCUUUUGAUUUGUCUCA